AUGGCUGCAGGGAAACAUACUGUUGGAGGAACCAGGAACCUUGUCAGUUUAUCACAACUCACGCAUACACCUAAGCAACUUUCUGAUUGUGAACCAAAGGUUCAGAAUCUGAUAGUGCAACAAGCCCAGCAGACAGACCGCAAAAUGAAAGAGAUGAUGGGUGUUGAUACAGCGCAUCUAUCCUGGGAGUGUUCUCUGUCUGCUUUUUUGUGUGCUUACCGGGGAGUGCUGCAGAAAUCCAUUGGUUUCUUCCCCUUACAACUACUACAUGAGCGCCGUGGGUGUGGUUUAAGGGAUGUUACCAGAGAUCGAUGGGGAAUUGAAACAGGCAAAUCAGGCAUGUUUGAGGAUGUAGCUGUGGUUUGGACUGAUCACAACCUGCUGCAGGUGACAGGUAACACUGAUAAACUGCUCCAUUGGAGCCCUAUCCUCCAACAACGGUAUAAUUUCACUGCCCAGCACAAAAAGGGCAGAUGGCCUGUCUCGGCAACUAGAGGGUUAAUGGUAGACAGAUAAAUCAGCCUGUGGCUGAAUUUUUCUGUCCACCAUCUUAAGGGGGAGGUGUCAUGCCAAAAGCAUGAGUUGGUGUUUG